AUGGCUGCACCUCACUAUCGCAAAGUUGAACUUCAAUCGCCAGCCGAUUUCACCUAUCUAUACGCCAACACGGUCGCUCUGUCCCGGCAAAAGAUAGAUCUCAAUCUCCCGCCCUCCGCAACAAACGAUGAUAAACCUGAUCCCAUGCGCGAGCGCGUACGCGAAUUAGUCGACGAGUACAUCACCCGAACAUUUACCACAGCCUCCUCGUCAAUCAGUAUCAAUGGCCUUGAUUCCACAUCGCCUGCGUUCCCGUUCCCUGCGGCUUUCACGGCACCCGAGACGGUUGAAUAUGAACCGUUUGACUCGGACCUCGCGUCGCGCGUCAGUACUCUGUACGCCCAAUUGGAAUCUCUCACGACCAGUGUCGCGCAAUUACGACGCGACGCCCCCCGAAGAGCGGCCAGGGCCUACGCUAGAGAAUUGGCUGGCUUGAUCGAUGAAGAAACAAAGACAGAAGACGAAAGUGAUGAGGAUCAUGAACAAGACAAAGAUCAACAACGAGAGUCCCUCGACAAAGAAUCCACAGAAACUCAAGAUAUGGAAGUCGAUCAAUCAUCCGAAUCCCGAGCCUCAAAACGACGUCGCAUUGAUCGGGAACCUCUCAGCAACCACCCCUCAUGGAAACUAGACGUUUCGCUAGGCACGGAAGAACAAGCCGAGCGUUGGCGUAAUGGAGACGUCGCCGAGGUCUAUGAGAAUGCCCUACGAACAUUACAGCGUCUUCAGGGUGAAGCGGACGGUGAAGCAGAUGAACAGCCGGGCUCAGAAGGAAAUGCCCUGGCGACGACGGUCGGAAAGGCCGAGAGAGCAGGUAGAGCUGCCGAGGUGGUGGAGAACAUGUGA